CAAUGUAGCCGAUCUUGAGCAAGAAUGUUUACCUUGUCUUUGUUUGUAAGUUUAUCUGCAGAGUUUAAGUGUAUGUGUCAAACGUAUGUAUACCGGCUUUCGAUCUUAUUGACUCGACAAUAUGUGAUUAUUUGACAUUCCAAAGAAAUGAUCUGAUUCGAUCGAUCGAUAUACCAUAAAUAUUUCCAAAAAUGACUGUCAAAUUGGAUAAAAUGCUAUAUUUUCGUUUGGUUCGUACAUGUCCGGUGAUUGGUAUAGUUACAAUUUUAUCCAUUUGUUUCAGCCUAUUCGCUUUCAUUGUAUAUCGUGAUUCAUUACCAGUGUUUGAUGAUCCUACCAUUGGUUUUGAAGCUCGCAAUACUGAUCUAUCUAAUCGUAUCAAUACAUGGCGUUUAUUAAUCGAAAGUACAUCAUGGAAUGGUGCAUUAAGUUUAUAUCCAAAAUCAUUGAUAUCCAACAACACUGGCAAUGAUUUCGUAAAAGAAUCUAUAUACAUCCGACGAGCAAAUGCCACUGGACGAAUAAAAUCAAAAAAACAAAAUCGCAAUAAAGUAAAGCGAAAAAAUAAAUCCAAAAAAAGCAAUCAAACAAAUUUACCGAAUCCGUUUGAAUCAAAAAAUCAUUAUUCAAAUUCCUUUUUAUGUGGCAAAAUUGUUGGAGAUUAUGUCCAGAUUGUUGUCGAAACUAAUGACGGAAGUAAUCUUUUGGAUCUAAAAUCAAUUAAAAAUUUGUGCCUACUUGAUCAACGUAUUUUACGUAUGGACAAUGACAAUGAUCAGAAUUUUUCAUUCAAUAAUUCCACAAUAUUCGGUGAAUAUUGUGAAUCAAAAAACUUUGAUAAAUGUUGUCCAAGUUGGUCGAUAGUGAAUUUUCUUAUGAUCUAUGUUAACAAAACUAAUUGUGAUGAUCUUAUCGACGAAGAUGUGGAAAAAUUUGUCAAAUAUUUGGAUGUUUGUUCACCAUUCUAUGCUGGACAUUAUCUAAAUGAUGACUGUUCAAAUGAUGAACCAUGUCCAAAUACACCAUCGGAAUGUUUUCAAUAUGAAAAUCUUGUGUUCAACGUAUUUCAUUAUCUCGUUGAUUAUCGUUUUAUGAAUAUGGAUAAAAAAAUUUUAAAUCACAAUAAAUUGAUUGAAACUACAAUGAAUUAUUCCGUAACGCAAUUACCAUUAUUAACAUCAACAAGUAUUAUAUUGCCUAUUGCAAAAAGCAGUAAAUUAAUGGCCUAUUACGAGAACAUAAAAAGUUUAAAAACAUUUUCUCAUUCAACGAUGAAAAAUAAUGAUCCAUUUUCGACAUUGAAUCUAAUUCAAUUGUUUCGACCAUCAUCAUCAUCGUCAACAUCAAGUCAUUUAUCAUUUGGUAAUGUCGGUGUUGUUGCUGCCGAUUUGGGAUUAAAAUAUACAUUAUUCAAUAAAUCACUCAUAUCGGAUUUAUUAUUACCUUCGUUGGCUGGCCUAAUCAUUUUGAUUUCAUUAUUAAUAUUCACUCGUUCCACAUUGUUAACUGUGAUGACAUUGUUCACUAAUUUAGCAUCACUUUCCAGUGCUUAUUUUAUUUAUACAUUUGUAUUGGAUAUUAAUUUCUUUCCAUUUCUAAAUCUAUUGUCAUUGAUCAUUCUUGUCGCAAUUGGAUCUGAUAAUGCUUUGAUCUAUUGUAAAACAUGGUCAUGUGCAUCACAUCAUCGUAAUAGUCGUGGUUCAAAUUGGUUAGUAACUCGCCGUCAGACACCAAAUUACGAGGCCGAAUUAAGUCAAACAUUGAAUCAUGUAUUAAUGUCAUCGUUUUGUGCAAGUUUUACUACAUGUGGUGCAUUUUUUGCUGGUUAUUUUUCCGAUAUUACUUCAUUGAAAUGUUUCAGUAUUUUUUCUGGAUUAGCGAUAAUUACGAAUUUUUUCAUCACAGCCAUCGUUUUUCCAUCGGCCAUUGUCAUUUCCGAUCAUAUCAUUGAAAUUCAACAAAUAAUGAUUGGCAAAUAUUUUCCAUGUAAAUUGAUUGCUAAAGUUCAUUGGCCUGAUUGUUUUAAAUUUAUAUUUGAUAAAAUCAUCUUGAAACUUAUCUUCAAUUAUUAUUAUUUUUUGACGUUUAUACUCACUUUGAUCUCAAUUUUAUCGGCCAUUGUCGUGCUUUAUGAACCAGGAUUACAACUUCCGACUAGCCAAGAAUUUCAGAUUUUCUAUUCUAAUCAUUUGUUUGAACGUUAUAAUUUUGUAUAUCGUAACAUGUUUUGGUUUUCUCGUAUUGAUACUAAAGCCAAAACUAGUGAUGUUGUUUCAUCUGAUGAUUUGGAUAAUCAGAAACAACAAACAGGAUUAACACAAUCCGAUUUUGUAUUACCAAUACGAGUAGUGUUUGGUAUUCUGCCUGAAGAUAAUGGAAACUUUUUGGAUCCUUUUGAUCGAGGAAAAUUACGAUUCGAUAACGAUUUCAAUAUUUCUUCACAACGUUCUCAAGUUUGGCUUUUGGAAUUUUGUCGUGAAUUACGAUCACAACCGUUUUACAAACCGACACUUGGUCCUUUGCUAACCAAUUGUUUCAUUGAAACCUUACAAUCAUGGAUGUCAAAACGAAAAUGUUCGGAAAUUGUCGGCAAUGAUGUUCUGGAUCAUUUUCCAUGUUGUGAAUUAACAAAAUUUCCUUAUGAACCUUAUGUAUUUAAUUAUUGUUCAGCUGAAUUGAUUGAUCGUUUACAUCGUACACCGAAUUUUAUAUUCAACACACAUCAAGCUGGACCACGUUUCGAUAGCAAAAACGGUUCAUUUCGAGCAUUGGUAAUUGAAUAUGAUUCCAUUUAUGAUGGAUUCUCCACAUCAUUUGAAACCAUUGAUCGUGUUUGGCAAGAAUUAAAUUCCUGGGUACAAGAACGAUUGGAUUUGGCACCAAAUGAACUUAAAAACGGUUGGUUCAUCACAAACAAUAUGGAAUUCUAUGCCCUACAACAUUCAUUGUCCACUGGUGUGAUUAAAUCAUUAUUUAUAUCCGUAUUGUUUGCAUUCAUCACAUUAGUGUUCACCACAAUGCAUUUACGUCUCAGUAUUAUUUCGAUCAUAACAAUUACAUUUAUAAUAUUUUCAUCGAUAGCCACUUUAGUUUUACUUGGAUGGAAAUUGAAUAUAAUCGAAAGUAUUGUCAUUUCAUUAACAAUUGGUCUAUCCAUCGAUGCUACCCUCCACUAUACGAUUGCCUACAAGAUGCUUACCAAAUUUCAGGAUAAUCGAUUGCUUGGAAUUCAAAUGACUAUUGCAAGAAUUGGCAGUCCGGUUGCAAUGGGAUCAAUUACAACAUUCAUUGCAGGAGCAAUUAUGCUUUUAUCCAAUGUUUUAGCAUACAUACAAAUCGGUACAUUCCUGAUGGUUAUAUCAUUUUCAAGUUUUAUCUUUUCUACAUUAUUCCAUAUGAGUUCACUUAUCAUAUUUGGCUGUACAAAAUCAGUAACCGGAUCAUCAAAUUGUUUAUCAUCAUUUGAUUCAUUUAGAAAAUGGAUCCUUAAACAAAAAUUAUCAUCAAAUAAUGGAAACACAUCUAACAGUAUAAAUAAUUUAUUUGUUACUGAAUCACCGUCAACAACAACAACAACAACUUUACCACGUUCAAGUAUGAACAGUGUCUGUUUACGUGUAACAUCAAUAUAG